AUGCUGCUGAGCGGACACUCCUCGGCUUCAGCCUGCGGUGCCCAGCAGCAGCCAGUGGACUCUACGAGAAGUGCCCGGGCAGAUCCCCCUCGCAGCAGCCUCAGUAGCAGAGAGAGCCCCCCGCCAGCGUCCAGCACGGGGCAGCAAUGUGCCGGCAGCAUGGCCAAAUGGAUAAAGGAGCACCUGGGUUUCAAGAGCUCCAAGCCGCCCCCUCCUGCCCCUCCUAAGCCGGACUACAGGCAAUGCCUGACGGAGGGAGCCCCCACUCACCAUCACCACCACCACCAUCACCAUCACCUGCACUCCACGGGACCCCAGUUCCCUGUCACCCCAGCAGGACAACCGGACAUUCUGGCUGCAUACAAGCUGCAGAAAGAAAGGGACUUUGAGGAUCCCUAUACUACUUCUGGUACUACAGGAUCCUGUACUCCUCUGAACUCCUCCGUCGUGCCCACAGCACCUCCCGCCUCUGCUGCACAGUCUCCAUCCUCUCCCUCUCCGGAUGUUAGGUAUGUGUCCCCAAAACACAGGCUCAUCAAAGUGGACACUGGAGAGAAAGGGGGGUCAAGUCCCACUAGUACCACUAAUCCUACGUGUAGUAACCCAGGACAGCCCUUUACAGCUGCCAGCACUGGAGUAACUGCCAUCAAAUCUCCUCCUGCCACAUCUGGGGCCAACCAGCUCGAUGACUGCAAACAGGACAAAGUUAUCAUCGUUGAAGACUAUGCAGAUCCAUUUGAUGCUAAGCAGGGUCCGAGCAGCCAGAUUACAGCAGAGGUAGUGACUGAGAACGAUGGCUAUAUGGAACCUUAUGAAGCUCAGAAAAUGAUGGAGGAAAUUCGCAGAAGGGGAUCCAAAGAGAUGCCGUGCAAACCCCUGCAUUUAUAUGACACACCAUAUGAGCCAACAGAAAAUGGAUUGGAUUCGGAAGGUGAAAAAUCAUCAUUAGGUCAGCGACCGAGGGAGUCUAAACUGCCGCAAGAUGAUGAGCGGCCUCCAGAGGAGUAUGACCAGCCUUGGGAAUGGAAAAAAGAUCGGAUUUCAAAAGCAUUUGCAGUUGAGAUAAAAGUAAUCAAAGAUCUUCCUUGGCCUCCACCAGUGGGACAGCUGGAUAGCAGUGCAACCACCCAAGAAAGUGAUGUGAACACUUCAUUCUCUCAACAGCCUCCAUCCUCUCCACACUUACCAUCUCAGAGCAGCUUUGAAGACCGCAAUGCCCAGUUUGAUGGUGCUGAUAAAACAGGUAUGUCACCAUCCAGAGAGGAUAAACUCAGACACACGCACAGACACUCAGCUGGGAAUUUGAAGGCUAUCAAGAAUCCAAGUAUAGAACACACCAACUCACUGGGAGAAAGGAUAGAUCCUUCACUGCCAUUAGAGAGUCAAUUCUGGUACCAUGGUGCAAUCAGUCGCACAGACGCCGAGAGUCUUCUGAGGCUGUGUAAAGAAGCAAGUUAUCUGGUGCGAAACAGCGAGACCAGCAAGAUUGACUUUUCCUUAUCACUAAAGAGCAGCCAAGGAUUCAUGCACAUGAAGCUCUCACGUACCAAAGAAAACCAGUAUGUAUUAGGACAGAACAGCCCACCUUUUGACAGCGUACCAGAAAUAAUCCAUUACUACACCAGUCGCAAGUUACCAAUAAAAGGAGCGGAACACAUGUCAUUGCUCUACCCAGUUGCAAUCAGGACUUUGUAGCUUUGGGUUGGUGGCUGCUAAUAGAAGAUGGAUCAAUGCAAUACCCACAGAUGAAGUGUGGGCAUAAUAUUGCCAUUAAAAAUGAUAUACAGCUUUUCUCAUGAGACCUUGGCAAAAAAUGGCCCUUACUAAACCAACACAUGAUUUACAAAAGAUAAGUAUGAGUGAAAAACCAGCUAAUCUUGGUUUUAUCAUUUUUAUACCCAUAUUUAUGUAUGGAAACUUACAAGUGCCGCAACACUGCACUCCAGAGCCAUUGAUAUGCCCUGCUGCCCACUCCUCCACAGUGCAUGUAACAUGAAAAAGAAGUCACAGGCAAAACACUGGGCAGAUCCAGGACAUGCCCGACACCUCUGUGGGCACUACAAGGCAGCCAACAAGAUGGAUAUGCCACUGGGACAGCAGCUGUGCCGACACCUCAGCCAUCCACCCUGGGCAGUAGCACUUCUCACACCACCCUUUGUAAAUUACAAAACCUUAUUGCAAUAUAUUAUUCAGUGGAUCUUAUAAAACCAACAGUGGCUAGCUUUUGCUUAACUUGAGUUACCAAAUAAUAAAGAUUACAGUAGUCCAGCUGAAUAGGCACAAACCUGUUCUUUUAUUUAAGAGAAUAUGGGGCAGUAUGUCCUAAUGUUGCAAUACUAUGAUUUAGUUUAAAGUGCUUGUUAUUUAAAAAGUUUUUUAUUUUCCUGUAUGCCAUUCUUUCACUAGUAGCAACAGUAGCCAACAAGGGAAUUAGAACCAUAAUUUGCCAUGUGUGUAUGUGUGUGACAGUUCAGCAAUACUGUAUGUUCCUGUUAAGUUAUAAAGAGGCCAAAUGAAUGAGCAAAUUGUGGAGCUGGAGUUAAUUUUUGUUGGUCAUAAUGAAGGCAAUAACAGCUUAAAGUUUUUCUUUUUUUCUUUUUAAGAGUUUUAGAUUUAUAGUCUUAGUUUAGGGCCCCUUUUAGGUUUUACAAGUUUUCCUCUCAUUGCCAUUUUCAAUAUAUCACUUAAUAUUUUUUAUUUUUAUUAAUCUUCUUUCCUCAAAUCUGUUUAUUUUAUAAACCUGCCUAGUACUAGAUACACAAUGUUGACUUAAGCUUCAUAGCAGUCAAAACUAGUGCCUCAAAGAGUGCUACACACAGCCUUACUGUGUUGUGACACAGCUCAUGACACAAAUACCACACAAAUAUCCCAAGACACAAUUUGGUCCAAAUAUUGAAAAUAAAAUUUCAAUCUACAUUGUGAAUAAGUAUUUGGAAGCAAAAGCUAAUUACAGAAGAUCUAAUAUACAAAUAAAACAUAUAUAACCUGUAACGAUUUUGCAUAUGUUAAAUUUAUAAUGUUAUCAGUUACCCAUGGAAUCUUGUAAUUUCUUCAGCCUUUUAAAUGUAAUUAGGCUAUUAAGUUUUUAUUAAGUUUUAAUUCUUGUUAGGGUUUUCAAGAAUUCUAUUGAAGUUACUUUCAGCUAUUCCAAAUCACGUCUGUAUUUGAAUCGGAAUAAUUUUUGGAAUGUUGAAAAUGUUUUAUUAAGUUAACGUAGCUAUACAGUAUAAUCAGCAUAGCAAUGAAAGUGAAAUCAUUAUAAAAUGUUGAUUAGAGUUUCUGUAUGUUAUAGGUUUUACAAGGGUAUCUUACCUAAAGGUGAUCAAACUGGGUUAUUACAUUUUUUUACUUAGUUUCUGACCAAACUAAAAAAGUAAAAUAAUAAUAUUCCAUAGACUGGUUUAACCAGUUAGAGCACUGGAAAAGCAAUGUUAUUUUCAUAGUGUUAGUAACAAAUAAAAUGUGUUUAAAGUUGAUCCAUUUUUAUGGGCUUCACAACAUAAAUAUGAUGUGUGCUUGUCUGGUCAGCCAUUUGUAAUAACGUAAAUGAAAGAUUGUUUAAAUGCACAGUUUCAUAACAAUUAUUUUUGAUUUACAGUAUGCAACCACACAUGUUCCUUGCCAACCUAUACAUCUUUAUUUUUUGUCUACUUCAAAAUGACUGGCCUGCCAAGUCAAACGCAACUACUGUAAAAACUGUAAAUGUCGAUCUCUCUAGCAAUAGGUAGGUACCGUGGGAGAUCUGUCCAUAAACAUAUUAAAGAAAGUUGGUGAGUGUAGUGAUCAUUUUACUUUCAUGAGCUUAUUAUAUGAUGGAACAUGAAUUGGUUGGGGUUGUGGAUUCCAGACUGUCCAAACAUUUAUAAUUACUCAACAAAUUUGCUUUAAUUUUGCUUUUGAAAAUACUGAGUCAUAAAAGGGUCAUAAUAUUAUUGAGGGUUUCCAAUUAGUCCCAGUUAAAAAAAAAAAAAAAAAACUUGUGCCAUUUUUUUUUUUUUUUUGG